GACGUUAGCUAAACCAUACAAAUGAGCUUUUUGUUGCUCUUGACCUCAUUGGAUAGGUGCGUUAUCACUUACUUCAAAUAUUUCUUCAACACGCGCAGUUGUGUUGCAACGGCAUUUUAUAUUUAUUUCCCAUUUAACAUAAAGCCUGAUAUUGGACUAUAAAAGUCUGUAAAGGUACUGUAUAACAGUCCACCACCAGGCCGCGCCACUGCGCGUGUCGCUGCGCUUCCUCCCUCUUAAACCGCUCUGACGUCACCAACCUGCAAUCGAACGAAUGAACUGACGAACGACCGAGUCCCUACCGGAGCUACCGGGAGGCAGUAGCGUUACAGAGCGAGUCCCCGCCGCCGCCCCGGAGGAGCCAAACGGAGGAAGGUCCACUGUGAGCCGCCGUGAGAGAACGCCGUGCUGGAACCAAACGAUGCGAGCGCUGCUCUCCGCCGCCCACUAACAUAAACUAUCGACGAGUGGAGAACAAGAGAACCGUUACCGUGAUUUUCCGACAGAAAACAGAAGAGAGACGGACGGACGGACGGACGGACAGACAGACAGACAGACCACCACCGAGAAACCCGCUUGAGAAGCAAACAACUGCGGUGGCUACAUCGUGUUGUUUUUGCGCGGUGGAUCAAACCGAGCGGAUCCUUGAUUUAAAUGCUUUAACGGUGCCGUAUCCGCGGCUUGAGAGCGAGAGAGAGGGAGCUGCCCAGAGAGCAAAAGAAGGAUCUUAGAGGGGUCGAAGGCAUAACGUUAGCACAGAAAAGGAGUAAAUUAACCAAAAAAAAAAAGCAGAAAAAAAAGGAUUUGCAACCAGCGUUGUUUCCAAGCACAAGUUUCAUUGAAUCCACCGUCUUAUUGCUUUUUCUGCCGUGGAUCCCGGAAUCGGUAACGCUAUCAAGCUGUGUUCUCUAACCAUGGGAUGUACUCUGAGCGCAGAGGAGAGGGCGGCUCUGGACCGGAGCAAAGCCAUCGAGAAAAACCUCAAGGAGGACGGUCUCACCGCGGCCAAAGAUGUUAAACUGCUGCUGCUCGGGGCUGGAGAGUCAGGGAAAAGCACCAUCGUCAAACAGAUGAAGAUCAUCCAUGAGGAUGGUUUCUCUGGCGACGACGUAAAGCAGUACAAGCCUGUCGUUUACAGCAACACCAUCCAAUCUCUGGCUGCCAUUGUGCGUGCCAUGGAUACACUGGGCCUGGAGUAUGGAGACAAAGAACGGAAGGCGGAUGCUAAGAUGGUGUGUGAUGUGGUCAGUCGUAUGGAGGACACAGAGCCUUACUCCGCCGAGCUGCUCUCCGCCAUGAUACGUCUGUGGUCCGACUCAGGCAUCCAGGAGUGUUUCAGCCGCGCCCGAGAGUACCAGCUCAACGAUUCAGCGCAGUACUACCUAGAUAGCCUAGAUCGGAUUGGUGCGGCAGACUACCAGCCCACAGAGCAGGACAUCCUGAGGACCCGAGUGAAGACCACGGGCAUCGUCGAGACGCACUUUACCUUCAAAAACCUCCACUUCAGGCUGUUUGAUGUGGGAGGUCAGAGGUCGGAGAGGAAGAAGUGGAUCCACUGUUUUGAGGAUGUCACAGCCAUCAUUUUCUGUGUGGCGCUCAGCGGAUACGACCAGGUGCUGCAUGAGGACGAGACCACGAAUCGCAUGCACGAGUCUCUGAUGCUGUUUGACUCUAUCUGCAACAACAAGUUCUUCAUCGACACUUCCAUCAUCCUCUUCCUCAACAAGAAGGAUCUUUUUGCAGAGAAGAUCAAGAAGUCUGCACUCAGCAUCUGCUUCCCCGAAUACACAGGACCCAAUACCAAUGAGGACGCAGCAGCUUACAUCCAAGCACAGUUCGAGAGCAAGAAUCGCUCUCCAAAUAAGGAAAUCUACUGUCACUUGACCUGCGCCACGGAUACAGGAAACAUCCAGGUGGUGUUUGACGCCGUGACCGACAUCAUCAUUGCCAACAACCUCCGAGGGUGCGGCUUGUACUGAGCACGCCCACACACCCCGUAAUUUCCUCCCCUUUUGUCCCCUCUUCUCUCUCACCCUUCCUGUCCUCCUCCCCCCUCCCUGCUCCUGUUCCUUUGACACUGCUGUGGAAAUGAUGGUGAUGAUGACGAUGAUGAUUCUGCUGAUUAUUUAAAGAAAAAAGAAAGAAAAAUGCAACUAGGUACAUAUUAAUAAUGAGGAUAAUUUAAAAAAAUAGGCAUACGUAUAUAUAAAUAUAUAUAUAUAUAAUGUUUUUAGUUCUUGUCUCUUCUCUUCUCGCUCCGACUUCUCCUCCUGACGUACUUUGGCCUGCUGCCAAGCAAAACAAAAUUUGUUUUAGUAGAAAACAUGAAACCCUGCAGCCUUGAAAACUUCUUGAACAAAGUUAAUGAAAGCCUCCGUUCCCUGUUCUCCUCUCUUUUUCUUUCUCAGCUGUGUCUUUUGUUGUUAACAAAAACAAAACGUGUACUUAUUUUGGAGAUUUUUUUUUUUACUAUGAAUAUGACUUCCGUUUUAUUUUGUUGAUCGUGUGUAUAUUUAUUACAUGAGCAUCAGUCUGUACACUGAUUUUUAUUCACAUUUUGCCUCACUUUGACACCUUUAUUUGUGUAUGUUUUUGUUUUUUGCUAUAGUAGUGAUAAUGUAAUAACCAUAUUUGCAGAAAUAUGUGAAAAUGUCGAUACCACUAAAAAACACCAGACAGGUCGGCGAAAACCUUAAUCAACUCCAAACUUGCUGAAACUGACAACACUGAUUUUAACAUUAGUCUUUUGUUUACAUUAGCCAAGACAUUUUAAGAUGUUUGUUGUCAAUUUCCUUUUUGUCUUUGAGUAACUUGUAUCAUUUCACUCCCCACAAUCGGGUUUUCAUCGACAGGAAGUGAGGCUGUUUCCCAAACCUCGCCUUAGCCAUUAGCCAACCAUUGGUCAUGGCCGAGCCUGAGAGCCAAUAGGAAAUGUGCUAAAUGUCCUAUCAGUGCCAUGUAACAGAGGUACUGUACUGUAGAUAGCUACGCUUUUAGAAGUACACAACGUUAUAACUCUACCUUCCUCAUUGUUAUAACCUCUAGACCUACUAACAUUCUCCAUGUAAGGAAACUCACUCCUGGUUUGAUAAUGGUUGAUUAAUUUAUUAAUUUAUUUAUUGAUUGAUCGCCUGUCCUACACAUAGCUCUCUCUCUCGCUUCAUUUACACACCACCACCAUGCCUUUACUUCUCUAACCUCCAUCCAUCUCUCUCUCUCUUUUUGCCUUCUUUUUGCAUGGCGCCCUUGCGUCCUGAUUUUGGGGUCAAAAGGCCUCUCCUUUCUUUCCAACCCUUCUCACCCCUCCCUCCCUCCUCUUCCUCCCUUCCUCCUCUUCCUCCUAAAGCCCUGACACAGAUAGCAUGAGAUACUCAAGCCUUUGUAUAAAGAGACCAGUUAAUUCAUAAAACUUAAAAAAAAAAAAAAAAAAGCUUCACAUAGAUACUGUUGGUAAUAAUUAAAAAAAUAAUUUUAAUAAAAAUAGCAAAAGAUGAAUAAAAAAGAAGGGAAAAAAUACAAAAAAAGACGGAUAGCAGCAACAGAAGGAGAGAGAUGAUUGGUUCCUGAAUGGGACAGGGCGGGGUCAAAUAAAAAAACAACGUGAGAGGCAAAGUUUCGAAGGGUUGAAAGGUCACGUGGGAGGCUUGGGAGAAGGAGUGUAGAUUUUGGGAUUUUUGCAGUGACACGUAGAAUUCAAACCUAUAACUACAAUGAUUAAUAAAACUGACAACAACAAUCAUGAUGAUCCUGUAAUAUUAUCAAAAGAUAAUCUUUCUUCUGCUUUGUAGCUACAAAACAUUUUUUCUCUGUACCUCCCUUUUUUUUUUUUUAAUAAAAAGAUGUUUUGCAAAGGGUUCCAGUUUGACAGCAAGCUGAUUUGGAACCACGACGAUCUCAGACCGACCCCGUGUUGUUGUAAUGCUCUGAACUGUGCCCCCCUCCCCUCCCCUUUUACCGUUUUGCCUGUUUCCCUGCAUUAGAACCGUGUCCUCACUUUAGCCUGACUCAGAACGAUUAAAUAUAAUAUUACAACAAUAUCUAUUUUUUAUGAUUUCAGAAAAAAACAAACCACUUUUUGGGGGGAGAGCACGUUUCUCGCUGCGUCCACUAGUUAGGGACGCCGCAUGUUCACACAUCAAUGCUGUAUAAAGUCAUGCUCCUUUCUUCUUCUUCUUCUUCUUCUUCUGUCUCUUUUCAGUUUGACACACACCUUCCAGGUCUACAAUGAAAAGCACAGUUCUCACGUCACACACACACUUGCUCGCACUCACACACAAACAAUAAGUAGAUUUGGAAAUUUGUUAUCUAUUCAUACCUAAUCUAUGUUACCCCUCAUCGAUCUAUCCACCAAUCUAUCUAUAUAGACCUCUCUUUCUUGCCCCUUGAUUUCUAGUUUUUAAAAGAGAAAACAACUGUGUAUAAUGACAUGAUAUACCUGUUUCUUUGGCAUUCUGUUCCUGUUACCUUCAUAUUGUUUUUAUUUUUACCUCCUCUAUGUUCUGUUCUUUACCCAGUGAAUGCUUUUUUUCUGUGCAGCUUUUUUUUUCUCUCUCUCUCUCUCUCUCUCGCUCUCUCUCUCUCCCCCUCCCCCUCUACUCCUCUUUAGUGAAUGGUUGUUAUUUCAUGUGGGAUGUCCGUGCUGGAAAAACCAAUCGAAUGUAGUGUUUACAUUAAAAAGCCACUGUUUUCAUGACAAAAAAGCCAA